GACGUGGCAGGCUUUUUAUGUUUAAAUGAACCGAGGUGUUUGCCGGAGCAUCGUCCCGUCAAGCCUGGCCGUUUUCACCCAGCAGCAACAGCAGCGCCCCGACCCCGACACUAUAACAGAACCAGGACCGAAGACAUGGCUUCAAAUAACGGCUCCGCCGGUAAAUGGGAGGUGGUGAAGAAGGGAAAGAAGAACAACAGCUCCGGAAAGAACCCGAGUGAGAAGAACAGCGGCGGAAGGAAAGCGCUCGGCGAGUCCAACCUGCCGUCCCGACCGCCCCUGAAGAUGUCAGAGACUCUGUUCGAGGGCUUCGAGAAGAUGGGGAAGAAACAGAACAAGGAGCAGGUUCCUCCGCCGCCCGAGCCCCAAAACAAGAAGCAGCCGUCAAGUAAACCAUCCAAGAAACCACACUCCACCAAUACGGUCACGUCUGCGAAUUUCAAGAACCUUGAGGAGGCCUUCAAAGCUCUGGAUGUUGGGGACCUGAAGCAGCAGUUGGCUCGCAGUCAGACUCUGUUCCCUGAUAAUCCGUCGGUCUGGGUCAAAGACCUGGCAGGUUACCUCAACCUCAAGCUGACCGUACCAGAGACUGAGCCAACACUCAGCAGCCAUGUCCACGAUUACCCAUACUGCCUUACAGGAAAAGAGCUGAAGGGUGUGAUCAAAGGCCUCCUUGGACGCUGCAGCGACAUUCUGCCAGAUUUCUUCGACCACUGUGUUCACACGAUGCUCAGGGAGCUGGACAGACAGUCAGGAGAACCACUGCAUGGCUACAGAGUUUGCAUUCAGGCACUCUUACAGGACAAACCCAGAAUAGCCACUCAAAAUCUGCCAGAGUAUUUGGAGUUAUUGAGGUCGGUUCAGAAUCGUCCGGCAAAGUGUCUGACGAUCAUGUGGGCUCUGGGACAAGCAGGAUUUCAUGACCUCAGCCAAGGACUAAGAGUGUGGCUGGGUAUCAUGCUUCCUGUGCUCGGAGUGAAAUCCUUGUCUGCGUAUGCCAUAGCCUAUCUGGAUCGACUUCUUCUACUUCAUGCAAACCUGACAAAGGGAUUUGGCAUCAUGGGUCCUAAAGAGUUCUUUCCUUUACUGGAUUUUGCAUUCAUGCCCAAGAAUGCUCUGUCAUCAAGUCUGCAGGAACAGCUGAGACAUCUGUAUCCUCGACUCAAAGUCCUGGCUUUCGGAGCCAAACCUGAGAGCACGUUACACACGUAUCUGCCGUCAUUCUUGUCCAGAGCCACGUCACACUGUCCAGACGACAUGAAGAAGGAGCUUCUCAGCAGUAUGACAGAGUGUUUGUGUGUGGACGUACAGAGUCUUGGAGUAUGGAGGCAGCUCUAUACCAAACACUUACCCCAAUCCAGUCUGCUGUUGAAUCAUUUGUUAAAGUCCUGGAACAGCCUGCCACCAAAGCUGCGUAAAAACCUUGAAGAGACAAUCCAGUCAUUCAAAGUGACCAAUGAGGAGAUGAGAGACGGCAGUGAAACUCGGGACCUUCAGGAGUGCAACGACCUGUGCCAGAAUCUGCAGGUGAGGAUGCGCGGCCGGGGCUUCCCCUGGUCCAAAGUGCUCAUGGUUCUGUGCGUGUUUGCCGUCAGCUUUAUCGCACACGACGUCAGAUCUCACGGCUCCUUCACAGAUUCCACCACAGCCAGAUAUCUGCACAGUUCAGGGGUCACAGCCGUUUCUCAGCAGGCAUGGAGCAAAAUAACAGUCUACUCCAAACGGGGCUUCAGCUGGUUGGAGAAAAACACUCCAUAUUACUACUCUGAGUGUGUGCGGGUCUUGGGGCCGCUAAUUGAGCGGAGUUUAGAGAAGACAAAAGCAGCAGCCAUUUUCAUCUUUGAGAACACGUCACACUUUAUUCUCUGGGUCAAAGAAAAGACUCCGCUGGCUAUAGAAUGGAUGUACACAAACACUCCGGACAGCGUGUUUCAGGUGUUGGCGUAUCUGAAGGAGCUCCUCCUCCUCCUCCAUCAAAACUACAUCCUGCCAGCACUGGCCUACAUAUCUGAGCUGCUACAGCGAGCGUGGACCAACCUACAGGAUUCCUGCAAUGGUGAGGUGUCCGUGUCGUGCCUGCAGGGUCACGCCGUCUCCUUCACCAACUCCACGUGGAACCUGCUCCAGCACACGACGACAUCUAUCAAGACAUGGGCUCAGAAGCUGCUAACGCGAGCAUGAUGACACCACAACGACAAUAACAAAGCUGACUAAUUUUACAUACACACAAGAAAUAACACACCCACACACACACACUGACCCAGCCUAAGGCUGCCUUUAAGUGCAUCGGAUCCUCUCCAAAGCCAUGAUUGGACACUGUGGGGGUCAGAGAAACAAAAGCUUACUCUAAAGGACUCGUAUUUCUCUUGUUUCGGUGAAAUUUUACCAAUCAGUUGCUGUUGUAUAGUUGGUUUUUUUUCUUUUCUUUUCUACCAAUCCUCUUUGUCACUUCUGGAUGCGGAGGUCGUCUCUUUCUCUCUUCCUCGGUUUUCUACUGCAAAUUUCAACUGUUGCUUUGAACAGACUAUGUAAUUUAUAGUUGGAUGUAAGUUUAUAGAUGAUUUAUAAACCGUUUUUUAAUUUAACAAUACAAAAAAAGGUGUUAGUGUGAAAGGAUGCUGAAGGGCAGGGAGAAAACCAAAAAAAAAUAAUUUAACAGUUAAACGUUGUGGGCCAUGUUCAUCUUCUACACUUUGUCCUGCUUACUUCAAAAGUCAGAUUAGUUUAAAUAUGGAUGUGUUAGAAGUGCAGUGACUCCUGCAGAAGAUUUGGAGUUGGAAGCGUGAGAAAAUAACAGAAGAAAGAAAAAUAUACUCACUGACUUUAUGUCUUGCACUUCAUCUCAUCUUUGCUGCUUGUUCCGUUUCUCUUUUCCCCCCAUUUUGCGUCUUUUCAUCUAUUAUCAGCAGCUCAACACAACAGCUAUGUUCUCAUACUUAAAGGCUGACAGUGUCCUGUCUGUCUGUCUGUGUGUGUGUGUGAGUGAGUGAGUGAGAGUCAGAGUGCAUGGUUCAAUGCACUUGUCUCAUAGAUUCAUUAACCCUGUGCCAACAUCCUCCUCCCCCUGCGCACGCCGUAAAAACGUCACCUCACAAGAAGAAGAAUACCUAAUCUGACCAAUCUGAUUUGUUAACCUAUUCUCCUUGAAAAAGCAAAACUGUCUGGAUGGAUAUGGCAGUGAUUAUUGUCUUACUUUGUAAUGUGAAUGAUUUAUAAUAAAGAGUUCAACCCUG